AUGACUUCUGAAGCAGUCCAAGAGGGAAGUCAGACACCUCCAAUAAAGCAAGCUGGAUGGCCAAUGUUAUUUUGUCCCAUCUCUCAAAUUCAAGACAAAGACAUUGCAAGGAUCCGUAAAGAAUGCAAACAGGAAAGUUUCUGGUACAGAGCUCUUCCUUUAUCUCUUGGGAGCAUGCUUGUCACCCAGGGGCUAAUCUCAAAAGGCAUUUUCUCAGCAAGCCCAAGAUUUGGUCCAUACCCCAAGAUGGCAAUUGCUGGUGUCUUGGGUUUUGUCAUUGGAAAAAUGUCAUACAUGGGAGAAUGCCAAAAAAAGUUUCAGAAAGUUGGUAUUGCACCGUUUGGUCCACAACAAAAAAGGCAGUGUCCUCAUGCUUGCAAAGAAUGUAAAGCAAAUUUGGGAUCGAAUGAGAGAGAAGGUUCAAGUCCUUCAGCAUCUUAG